AUGCGGCUACUGCAACGUGACGAGGCAGGCAACCUUAGCCUUACCCCAGACCUCUCCUCUGACCAUGUUCCCCCUUACGCGAUCCUUUCCCACACCUGGGGACCGGACGAGGUCAUUUUCGCGGAUCUGGCCAAGGUGCCGGGUGGUUGGCAGCGCAAAGCCGGUUACCGCAAGAUUGAGUUCUGCGCUGAGCAGGCGAGACGACACGGCUUGCAAUUCUUCUGGGUCGACACUUGCUGUAUCGACAAAUCUGACGGCAUCGAGCUUCAGACUGCGAUCAAUAGCAUGUUUCGGUGGUAUCGCGAUGCAAAAAGAUGCUACGUCUACCUGUCCGAUGUCUCUAGCCCUAUAGUCUUCGGUCGACAGAAGAGCAUGAUGCCGUGGGAUGAUGCGUUUCGACAGAGUAGAUGGUUCACUCGUGGGUGGACGCUGCAGGAGCUCAUCGCCCCGAAAACAGUCGAUUUCUAUUCCAAACAAGGGGCUUGGCUAGGCGACAAGCAGUCAUUAGAGCCUGCGAUACGCGAUAUUACAGGCAUUCCUGCGAGUGCUCUACGUGGUACACCCUUGUCCGACUUCCCCGUCUCAGAACGUGAGGCGUGGGCACGCGACCGUCAAACCAAAUACGAGGAGGACAUGGCGUACUCGCUUCUUGGUAUAUUUGAUGUUCACAUGCCGCUAAUUUAUGGCGAGGGGCGAGAAAAAGCACAGAGACGGCUGCGGGAAGAGGUCCAGAAAGCAAUCAAGGCGUUAGGGACACGAACCAUUGAUUUCUCUGUGGCCUUUAGCCUGUCUGAAGUUCCCGAGAUCCAAAAUUUUGUGGCACGAGAAACGGAAAUUACAGAGAUACGCAGAACACUGAGCUCAGAUGGAAGCCGUCGCGUUGUUAUCCUCCACGGUCUCGGCGGCAUUGGCAAGACACAGCUUGCCGUAGCAUACACAAAGCGAUAUCGAGAUGAAUAUUCCGCGAUAUUCUGGUUCAACAUUAAAGACGAAGAGUCUAUUCAACAGAGCUUCACUAAAGUCGCGAGGCAGAUUUUGCAACAGCACCCUAAUGCUAGCCGCCUCAAUGUACUAGACCUACAUGAAAGUCACAACGAGGUAGUCGAAGCUGUUAAAAUAUGGCUCAGCUUGCCAGGCAACACCAGGUGGCUUAUUAUAUACGACAACUACGAUAACCCGAGAUUGACUGACGGCACGCAUGACAAGGGAAUCGAUAUCAAUCGCUUUAUUCCUACGGCGCACCAAGGCUCAAUUGUCAUCACGACGCGAUUGUCAAAAGUCGAUAUAGGGCAUCCGAUUCGAAUAAGGAAGCUGGAAUCGAUGGACGACAGUCUCAAGAUCCUAUCAUUGACCUCGUGUCGAGAUGGCUUGCACGAUGACAUAGAUGCUAAGAAGCUUGUAGAGAAGCUGGAUGGGCUUCCGCUUGCCCUUGCCACGGCUGGAGCGUACCUGAGGCGUGUUUCAACCAGCUUGGGUGACUACCUGCGCCUUUACGAGACAUCAUGGGCGAGACUUCACACAAGCACUCCAAGCCUAGGUUCUUACGGAGAUCGCACAUUAUGCUCCACGUGGCAAGUCUCAUACCAACAAGUCCAGGAACAAAACCCUCUUGCAGCUUAUUUGCUCCGAUGGUGGGCCUACUUUAGCAACGAGGACAUAUGGCUCGAACUUCUCCAGCCCAACGGUGAAGACGGCCCAGCGUGGAUGUACGACCUAGCUAAUGAGCUGAAGUUUCAUUGCGCGAUGGGAAUACUACAUGACUACGGAUUUGUCGAGCCGCACCCCGCCAGUGUAGAUCAGAUCGAAUCAAGGGGAUACAGUAUUCAUGGCUGCUUGCACUCUUGGACCAUUCAUAUAUUAAAUCAAGAGUGGGAUAACCAUCUAGACGACCCUCAAUUCUGGCCCCUUCAAAGGCGACUUCUGCCACACGCAAUGAUGUCUUGUGCCAGAAUCCAAUACAGUGGUGAAGAAUUGGGUUGGGCCUUUUACAACCUAGGUCUCCUUUUCUCGGAGCUAGGCAGGCUGCAAGAGGCUGAGGACAUGUACCUAAGAGCGCUCCGAGGCAUAGGGUGUCUUUAUAAAAACCAAGGAAAGCUACAAGAGGCCGAGGAGAUGUACUCCAGAGCUCUCCGAGGGCAUGAGAAGGCAAGGGGACCAGAUCACACCUCCACGCUAGACACGAUUAAUAACCUAGGGACUCUCUACGCGGACCAAGGCAAGCUGCAAAAGGCCGAGAGGAUGUACUUAAGAGCUCUCCGAGGGCUGGAGAAGGCAAGGGGACCAAAUCACACGUCAACGCUACACAUAGUUAAUAACCUGGGUCUCCUUUACGCGGGCCAAGGCAAGCGACAAGAGGCCGAGGAGAUGUACUUACGGGCGCUUCACGGAUACGCCGAGGCCAACACCACACAAGCCCGGGAGAACAGCGAGAAGCCACCUAUAAAACACUACCUCAGCAGUCACCUUGUUAGAGAACAACACAACUUUCUGCACACACUUUGCUAG